AUCCAGGAGCGAAGAAACGGUGAACUUGAUUUGCUGAGGCUGAAGAGGAAGUGAUUGUUUCUUUUGUAUUUACACGUGUAAACAAUCAUAUUUUUGCCUAUAUUUGUCUGCUGCAUUAUUGAAACAGUGUAAAGAGAGAUAUCACGUUUAGUGUAAAUGCAAACGGAGCCCUCUCACGUAAUUCAGGAGGGAAAUGUCGUCAAGAUUAUUCGUUAACCUGAUCUUUCAAGUGACGGGGAAGGUAACAUGGGGAAUCUCAGGACGACCUCCACUUUUUACUGUGCCACCCGUUGGCUUGGCACAUGUUCAGACCGCCGGUAAGAAAGAUUACAUUGAUCUCCCUGUCCUAAAUGAAGACGAGCUGGACGAGCAGUUUGUAAGAGGGUCUGGACCUGGUGGUCAGGCGACCAACAAAACCAGCAACUGUGUGGUGCUCAGGCACAUCCCAACUGGCAUUGUCGUUAAGUGCCAUCAAACCAGAUCGGUGGAAACAAACCGCAAAAGAGCUCGGCAGAUAAUGAGGGAGAAGCUUGAGGUCACCUACAAGGGAGAAGAGAGCGACAUUCUGAAGAAUAAGAAGGAGUCUAUACAGAGGAAACAAGACAAGAGGAAAAAGGCAAACGAGAUUUUGGAGAAGAAGAGACUUUUCAAAGAGGCACUGAUGACAGACUUCAAACCAGGGGAUGACAGGGGAUGAAAAGUAUGCAUGAACAUAACAUUUAGUCUGAUCAACAAAUAUGUCCUACCUCAUCAUGAUCUGUAUUGUAAAUAAAGAGCACCUAUUGAAAUACAUUCUAUUGUCAUCAUGGCAGCAGGGCAGCCUAGUGGUUAGAGCAUUCGACUUGUAACCGGAAGGUGGCAAGUUCAAACCCCCAAGCUGAAAAGGUACAAAUCUGUCGUUCUGCCCCUGAACAGGCAGUUAACCCACUGUUCCUAGGCCAUCAUUGAAAAUAAGAAUGUGUUCUUAACUGACUUGCCUGGUUAAAUAAAGGUAAAAUAAAAAAUAUUGUCAUCAGUCUAAAAUACAGGAAUGAUGUCAGUAUUUUCUGUAAUUGUAAUGAAAUUAAGUUUUAUUACACUGUUAAUAAAUACAAAGACGCAAACAAUGGCUUUAUUACAAUGGUUAAUUCAUAAUGUGGUGUGUUUAUCAUUGUGUUUGGCACUAUCCCUUUUGUUGUCGCUCAUGCUUAAAUAUGUUAAAAGAUACAAGCUACUACUCCAUUGUCAAAAUGCCCUUUGUACACUCGUACACUAUAAAAUCCAUAUGAGUUUCACUAAAUGAUCGGGGCUUUGCUACAUACAAUGCAUUUUUAGGCAAUGGGAACACACAAAACCAGGAAAUUCCUGUCAAGUACAACUCAUGGGUAACUUUUUUGUUGAAGCCCAAGGUGCCACCUCAGUUUUAAAAAACAAUGAUGUUUUACUCAAUACUUUUAUUGGACCAAUAAAAUCAAAGGCCUUUGUCUUUUGAGUCUUUGAUCUUCAGCCUGGAGAGUUGGUCCAAUCCAAUAACUUUGUUUGCACCUUGCCUGUUAGAGCCUUGCAUUUCUCUCGGUUUCUGCCAAGCAUUCACGUAUAAGCCCCCUGGCGUGAAUGAUACCUUCAAAUGAAAAAGAAAAGAUAAAAACACACAAUUAAGUUCUUGAGUCCAUGAAAUGUUAAAUUAUACAGACCCCAAUGGUGCAUAGUAGAUUUCACACAGCAAGUACUAGAUCGCAAGAACCCAAGGAGGCAUACAGCCUUCCCUAUUUUCAGUGAAACAUAUGGACCACUGCUGGGCCAAUGUGUACUACCGUCCUGAUGCUCUGUUUAAAUGUUUAGAAACAUGAAUAAUCCCUGCUUGUGAUACGCUUUUGGAAACCUUUGGAGAGAACAAAUUUUACCAAUACAAAAUAUAUACUUGUGCACCUUUAACAGGUACCCACCUAGGUAUUUUGCGUUGCACAUUUACUUGAACUACGGCAACAGUUCAUAAGCUAAUGGAAACUCGAGGGAAUAAAAAUAAAAACAUUGUCUUGAAGUUGUAUUGGGGUUGUGCCGCAGAGCAUCAUGGGGGUUGUAUGUGUUGUAGACCGAGCACGUUUUAGAUAAAUGGUUGAACUGA